CAAAAAUUGGGAAUAUGUUAAACAACGGGUUAAAAAAAACAUAAGGAUUAUUAACAAUCCUGACAAAAAUGGCUACACUUUACUACAUAAAAUUGCACAAGUGAGGGCAGACAAAAGCUUGGAAAAUGUUCUUUGUUUUCUACUUAAUAGAAGUGCAGAUGUCACUGUUAGGACUCCAAACGGUGAAAGUCUUUUACAUCUGGCAGCCAGACACGAGAACUGGCUUGUCGUAAAGAUUGUACUGGAAAACAGACAUAAGAUCAAAACAAACGGUUCUGCUGACUAUCUUGGCAUAAAUAUCCCUGACAGUCAAGGAUUGAAUAUUCUUCAUAGACUCGCACAAACCAAUCAAAGAAAUUACAGAUAUCUUCCGAACAAAGGGAGGGAAGACGAAUUGACGCUCCUUGUUCCCACACUUCUCCAGUAUGUCACAGAUGUAUCAGUUCCAAGUGAAGCUGGUGACACUGCCAUCCACUUGGCGGCUAAAAGUGGAAACUGGAAAAUGGUUCAAACAAUAGCGAGUAUAUAUGCGCAACAAAGAAAACCUUUAAGCGAGCUUGAUAGAGAGGGAUUCAACAUACUUCACAGACUUACAAAAUUCAAAGUCACACACAAGAAAAAGGUUCAGAUUUUGAAGGUCUUAUUCCAAGCAGGUUUAAAUCUCGAUUGUAAGUGUAAACAUGGCGAAACAGCUCUACAGAUGGCUGUAAAGCAAGAACAGUGGAAGUUUGCUAGAGCUCUGGUCACCCUUGGGGCAGAUGUUCAUGAACGAGAUCCGGGAGGACGUCACAUCCUUCAAAUGAUCGCUACACAAAAUAUCAGUGAUGAUCAGAUUGAUGGCUGCAUUUCAUUCAUAACUCUUCUCAAUCAAUCAGAUGUAGACUUUAAUGUAAGGUGUCCGAACGGGGACUCAUUCUUUCAGUUAGCUGCCCGUCACGGCAACUGGCAGAUAUUGGAGAAGGUGGUUGUUCAUGUAACCCUCGAUAUAAAAGACGUCGAUACAAAAGACGAUGAAGGAUUUACAGUUCUUCAAAGGCUGGCCAGUAGUGAAAGUGCCUACCAUAUUCAUCUUCUUCAAUUUCUUUUGGAGAAAGGAGCCAGAUGUGACACGCUGAAUUUUAGGGGGGAUAGCGCCAUGCACUUGGCUGCAGAGAAAAAUAACUGGUAUAUAAUUGAACAGUUGCUUGCAAGUGAGACUAAGCCCCAUUCAGAUCCGACCACUGCUGAAACGGAUUGUCAAAUCGGUGAUACAAGUGCCUGUAAACACAUAUUACACACCACAGACACAGAUGGGGCAGGAAGGGCACAUUUCGAUAUAGACCUAAAAGAUCAUUCUGGAAACACAGUUUUAUAUCUGAGCGCCAAGAAAGGGAAAUGGGAUUUGGUUCAUAAGUUGCUGAUGCUUGGCUCAGAUGCCACGUUAACUGAUGACAAAGGCCACACGGUCAUGUACUGGCUAGCGGCUGAAGACCAUGCGACGAUUGCAAAUGACAGACAGAGGAAGAAAGUUCUACAAUGCUUGAAAAUCUCAAGUGUAGCCCUGGAUGAAAAAGAUGACUUCGGGGACACAUUGAUACAAGUUGCUGCCAGAAACAAAAAUUUAGAUAUCGUGAAUAUACUUCUUGAUGCCGUGGAGGACAUCAACAUGAUUGACAGUAGUGGCUUUACUAUUCUGCACAGAGCCGUGCUGUGUAACCCAUCGGUGUCUUUGCACAUCGUAAAGACCUUAAUUGACAAAGAGGUGGACAUAGAAUGUCGCUGUCCAGAUGGCAAUACCGCCCUGCAUCUGGCUGCUAAUAGCAGGAACUGGACUGUCGUGCAAAUGUUGCUCGAGAAUGGAGCAGACGCUAGCAGCGCUGACAAUCAAGGGAUGUCGGUUUUACACAGAUUCCUAACACCAUCUCAAAUGAAAGGUUCUUCUUGUGAGCUUUCAGACUGUUGGUUGUUCAAUGGUGAGAAAAGAUCGCUGGCCCUAGUAAGACUAAUGGUUAGUAGAGGUGCCAAAAUAAACUCUACAGGUCCGAAUGGCUUGACGCCGGUGUGGCUCGCUGUCAUUAAGAGAAAAUGGAGCAUUGUAGAAUUUCUUCUUCUUUGUGAGGCUACAGUCCCAAUAAACACACCAUACCUUUUUCAUGAACUAGCCAAGGACACUAGCGUAGAUGCUGUUUUGGCAACAACAAUCACAAGUCAACUGGUCAGGCGUGGCCUUAAUAUCAACGAGAUGACGGGCGACACGCCGUUGAACCUGGCAGCUAAAUAUCAAAACUGGAAAGUCGUGCGCGCGUUUCUGGAACAUGGGGCUGAUGCAAGUAUCGUAGAUAGCGAGGGAUUGUUUGUGUGUCACAGACUUCUGAUGGACAGUGGUCAGAGUAACUUUUCUGAAGUAAAUCACUUUAUCUACUUAAUGACAAAGAAUGGGUUUGAUAUCAACCAGGCAAGUAGAGCUGGACAGAAUGCCUUACAGCUAGCGUUACAAAGGGACGAGUGGAAGAUCUUUUGGUGUCUGGUCCAGUAUGGGGCAUCUUACCGUUUUCUCUUUUGUAGAAAGAAAAACAUUUUGGAAAACGUUUUUCAGUGUCCAAGACAAAUGAUUAAGGCAGAUAACGUUAAAAAAUUUAUGUUAUAUGUCACAGAUAAAGACUUGUUUUCCAGAAAUGGACAAAACGAAAUAGAAAUGUUGAAACGCAAAGCACUUAUAAAGUGUUUGUCACAGUAUAACUGGCCUGUAGCCACAGUACUUGUCCAGUGUGGAGUAGACAUCAGCAGCAGUGUUGAGGGUAAACCUCUGCUUCAUUAUGUCUUGUUUAAAUAUGAGCGACAAGAUCAUGAGAUGUGGCUGUCUUUUCUAGAUGCUUUGCUGGCUCGUGGUCUCGAUAUAAACUGUGAGAAUGGAGACGGAAGAACAGUUCUUUUUUAUCAUGACGUGUACUGCAGUGCGGAAUGUAGUAACGAUGAUUUUAACUUGCUUUUCCAUGCAUUAAUCGACAGGGGAGCCAAUCCUUUACAUACACCUCGUGCGGGAAUAUCUCUGUUCAGACACUAUUUGAAUCUCGAGGAUACCGUUGGUAUUACCCUUCUCAAACUUCUCGUACAAACUGGUAAGCUAACCAUUCAAGCGAGGCUAACAAAACCUUUCAAACCGAGGGCUGCAACACGCUCGUCUUGUCAGCAAACAACCAUCCCCUCUGGCUGCUGGCACCAAGUGGUCAGCCGUACACCACAUCACUGUAGACCCAACCAUCUGGUUUCUCACAGCAGCCUGCUGAUCACUGGCCCGAACUCAUCACUGAAAACAACAAACAUUUACCCGAUGUCAUCAUUUUAUAAGCACUAGAGACCGGUCAAUUUAACUUCAGUACAAUGUAUCAGGUUUAAUAAUAGUGACAGGUACCUGCCACUUGAAUCGCAGCAGAAUUUAUCAUAAUUUCAUAUUAUAAUCAUAAUUAUAUUUAAAUUUUUUAAGUUAAGCUUAGGAACCUGUCAGGUUGUUGUCAGUAUAAUGUAUCAAAUGUAAUAAUUGCUUUCUAUUCUCUUAGAUUAUGUCACAAUAACUAUAUGUGUGCUUUGUCUCAGAAAAAAAACAUGUAAGGGAAAUAUAUCAUUUGAAUAUUCAUGCAUGGAUACAGACGAAUCACACCUACAGCUUAUGGUGUUCAGAUAUUCACAAAAUAAUCAUACAGAAUUGAGUCUUUUCUUGAUUUCAUGAUUUCCAAAGGACUUGACACCAAUGUAAAAGUUGAUGACUUAUCUAAUGUAUUUUCCGCCAAUACUGCCUCACAAGGAAUGUUGUUUCACAAAGCAAACUUGAAAAGCUUACAUGUGGAAAUUACAGUUCCAAUUGUUUAUUUCAUAUAUUUGUGGAAAGAGGAGCUGAUCCUCUUCUCGUAGACUCGAGGACUAAAGCUACAAAGGAAAGUCGUGGACUUCAGUAAACAGCGUACACUGAAUGCUCUGAAAAAACUUUUUCGCAUUUUAGUGGGCUGACCUCGCAUCACCAAAGGUUCAGGAAUGUUUUACAAUCAUAGUGUUUUCUGAACAAACAACUUAGCCAGCAGAAAAAGUGAUAAAAAGGAGAAAAAUAUAUGUGGCCUUAAAUUACAAACUAAAGCCUUAACAUGAGCGUGAUCCUCUCGGUUUUCCUGCAGACAGACCUAUUCAGCCCAAGAAACAAGCUUUCUCCUAGCUAAGUGGUUUUAGGAAAAUAUAUUGAUUUUCUUUUUAGUUUUUUCUAGAAAUGUAGUAUAGUGGUAAUAUUGCCUUACAGAAAAGAAAUUCUUUUGCAAAAAAGCUACCACAUAUGUAUCAAAAACAAAUGUUUAUAUACUGCUUCAUUUUUUUAUCAUAUCCUAUGGAAUUUUAACUCAUUCACAAAAUUAUUUUCAAAUGUCUUGGCUACGCUCAAUACUCAUUAGAUUGGAUUCAGAGCUAACAAAUGAAUUCCAUUUGCUUUGUAUAAUCCUUUGAACAUCAGAACUGUUUUCUUUUUCUUCGUUGGGGCACAAGGCAGGAGCGAUGGAUGGAUGAAUGUCACAAAAAGAAGGCUUAUAUAUUGAAUACUAUAAUGUCUAUAUAUAUAUAUCUGGUUAGCCAUAAUGACUAUUCGGUAGUCACUGUGACUGAAUAUGUAAACUAUGAUGGAUUUUUUUGAAAUUCCUGGGUGGGAAAAUAGCAGGGCGACAGUUGUGUGCAUAGAGUGAUAUAUCUGAUUUUUGCAGCUUGUCUAAGCAAUGUCAGUGAGCUCUACAGAACUGCAUGUACAUCAAGUUUCAAAAACAAAAGAACCAACAGCUUAUCAAUAGUUAAUGUGCCUUAUUUUGCCUUGUUUUCCUGCAAACAUGUAUAAUCUAUAUCAAUGAACUUCCUUGUGUCUGUGGUUGUAUUUAUUGACAAGUAACACUUAUUCAUAUAGUCUUUAAUAUUGCAAUCAGAAUACUUCUUGUUGAAUUCUUUCUUGGUACUGACAUGUCAACAAACCCCUUUGACCAGGAUUGUAAAGAGUACGAGGAAUAUUGUUUUUCUUUAAUGGAGGACUAGUGCUUAUCUCUGGUUAUUAAAAAGAAUUUUGUGAUCUUCAUUUAAUAAUUAGAUAAAAAUCUUGAGUUUAAAUACUCUGGCACUUACUUACUUUUAUUUAAUUUUUAGCUGUUUUUCAACCCAAUGGCUACCAACAUAUUCUUUAUUAAUAAUAAUUGAAGAUUUAUAUAGUGCAUAUUAACACAGAGUAUUAGGAGGAAAAUAAACAGACACUGCUUACUUAUCUGCACCACAGAUGUGAAACUGCAGCAACAACUCACGAGACACUUUUAUCUUUCAUCUAAGAUGUAUGCAUUCAGGAUAUAAAUGUGUUUUUCUAGAACAUACAAUGUUGUUUAUUUUUAGCAGUUUAGGUUAAUUUUUUAUUAAUUUUCUACAUUAAGAAAAUUGUUUUGUAUUUUUCUUUUAAAAAUUCAUUUUAGACAUGAUCUCUCAUGUUUAAGAUACACCUUUUAACUAUAUUUUAUAACAAUUCUUAUCAAUGUUUGCAUUUUUUUUAUGUUAGGGGAGUGAGAAAGAGGGUGUAUGUCUGAGUCUGAGUGCAUGUGCAAGUCGCCUUUUCAUCUGUAUUUGUCCAUACCGUUAAGUUGCUUUUUUGUCCUGCUUCAAAGAGUUGACCUAAAGAUAAUAACUUUUGUUAUAGAUUUAACUAGUGUGCUAUUGCUAACACAAAUAUAUUGAUCAGCUUACUGCAAGAUGUUUCGCUUCUAGAAAAACAGGAAACUGUAAACAUUUCAUUGUUAUAAUUUAAUGUAUUUUAUCAUAUUAGACUUCUGAUUUGGGAUGUUCAAGAAAGAUUCUCUUAUUGACGCUAUGUUUCCUUCAUUACUCUGUCAUAUAGUUUUUGCACAGGAAUCUUUCAUGAGCUUUCCUAACAAACUUCUUUGUCCAGGAUUGUAAAAUGUACGUGGAAUAUUAGUUUUAAAUAUAUUUUGAGGGAAUAAUCUAUGAGGAUUUAUUUUUUAAGUGUAUGUUGAUCUAAAAUUUUAUGUUGAUUUUACAAAAUUUAUCAUAAGCACUUUGUUGUUUUAUAAGCAUUAUAUGUAACCUCAUUUCUCACUGAUGUGAUUCAGUGGACUGUGAAGAACAAAUAUGCAACAGAAUUCUAACAUUAUAAAUAUCAACUGAAAGCCUGCUUUGACAUCUAACAUCAUACAUACAUAUAGCAUAGAAUUGUAAUACAUGUGUAAAUAAUGUAAAUAAAUCCAAUU